UCUGACUGUCCGACAGUCCGCGUGGCGCCCGUGCCGGCCUUCCUGCGGAUGACUGCCGGAGCCUUCCGGAUUCCGUUUGUUUCCCUGUUCUCGCCCGCUUCACCCUGGAUCAUGUUCAAGAAGUUUGAUGAAAAGGAAAGUGUGUCCAACUGCAUCCAGUUGAAAACGUCAGUUAUUAAGGGCAUUAAGAGCCAACUGAUAGAGCAGUUUCCAGGUAUUGAACCAUGGCUUAGUCAAAUCAUGCCUAAGAAAGAUCCUGUCAAAAUAGUCCGAUGCCACGAACAUACAGAAAUCCUUACCGUAAGUGGGGAAUUACUGUUUUUUAGACAAAGAAAGGGGCCUUUUUGUCCAACUCUAAGGUUGCUUCACAAAUACCCUUUUAUCCUGCCACACCAGCAGGUUGAUAAAGGAGCUAUCAAAUUUGUACUCAGCGGAGCAAAUAUUAUGUGUCCAGGUUUAACUUCUCCUGGAGCUAAGCUGUACCCUGCUGCAGUAGAUACGAUUGUUGCCGUCACAGCGGAAGGAAAACAACAUGCUCUGUGUGUUGGGGUCAUGAAGAUGUCUGCAGAAGACAUUGAGAAAGUCAACAAAGGAAUUGGCAUUGAAAACAUCCAUUAUUUAAAUGAUGGGCUGUGGCACAUGAAGACAUAUAAAUGAGCCUCAGAAGGAAUGCGUUUGGGGGACCAAAUGUGGAUAUUGAUCGUGCUGUAUGUGUGUUUGUGUCUGUGUGUAACAGCGUGAAAACACUGCCUCUGUGGUUAUACUAAAUAAGUUUUAACAGAUACUUUAAAGAAAACGAAUCAGGGUGCUGUUACCACAGAGGAAAAAACAAAUUAGGGGACAAGCAGCAAGCAGUCGGCUACACUCUGGAAUCUGAAAGCAGUGGCUGGACCCUGUGACUCAGGCUCCACAGCCUCUCUUGUCCUCUUUUUAGGAAGCUUGGAAGCAAUCAAGAAUGUCCUAACAUCAGGAUGUUUACCACAAGGCCCCCCCAAAAAAAGCAGCCUUGGGGACUCCUGCCUUUCCUUAAGACCUGCAUUUCUUAGCUUCUUCAUCGUCUGCUAGUGAACUAAGGCUGCCGCUAACCUUCUUCAUCUCUUUGGUGGCAAAGUAGAAAGAUUCCAGAAUUAAUUCAGACUUUCUUUUAGACCUGGGCUCAGUGGCAGUUGACAUUGACUGAGCACCCACUAUGUGCCAGGCACUGUGCUGAAUGCAUUGUAAGGACUUUCUUAUUCCCCACAGGAGCCCUAAAAGGGGGUGCUAUUAUCCCCUUUUUACAGAUAAAGAAACAAGCUCAGAGAGGGAACUGCCUCCCUCAGGGUCACCCAGCUACAAGUGACAACGCCUGUGCUUCUAACACCAAAGACCACUUCCCACUGACCCUGUGCCAGGCUUGAAUUCUCUCUGGGCCUCCAUUCCCUCCUCUAGGAAAUUGGAGGGCUUGGGGUGGCUCCAGUGAGCUCUCCCAUUCCUGAAAUUCCUACCAACGUGGGGCAGCCAAGGCUUAGCCCCCCAGCCUGUGAACCUCUGACAGUGCCCACAGCCAUGCCCUCCUCCGUCCAGGGGCUGACAGGUGGGAGGGGCAGCCCCGCCCCGGGGAGUGGACUUACCCGGCCUCUCU